CAAUCAGAGAAGGGAGGCGUUAACUCCCGGCAAUUUCGAAAGCGGAUGCGCGAGCGCAGUUAUUAUGGGCGACGUUAACGUGUUUGAUACACGUUUGUUUAGCUGAUUUCUAUAAACUUAUACGACGAAAACAAUUUCUAUUAGAAAUGGAAGAAGGGGAAUCCGAGCCAGUGGUUUCCAGAAAAGAGAUCCGUAAGCAGAAGCUAAUGGAAUAUCUGGCAGCAAAAGGAAAGCUGAAGCUACCUGAAGCAAGGUCAAACCUAAUUGGAAACUCUGUGAGUAAGAAGCCUGUGACAUCUACACAAAAGGUUGUUGCAGGAAAAGAAAACAAAGCUCCAGUUGACGGAUUCAAGCGUAAUAUCACAAAAGGUCAAAGCGUGACAGCUCAGGCCAGUCGAGGCCUUGAAAAGAAAGCAUUUGGUGUCAGUAACAAAGGAAAUGUAAACGGCAAUAUACUGACGGCACAGCAGAACAACAGUCGUCCAGCACAGCCAAAACAUAAUCGAAACCCUUCGCUCACCAGAACAUACAAUGUUGUGUCCUUCAAACCUCACCUGAAUGGAGCCGGCCAUGUCAACAAGCAGGCAAAUGCAGGAAUUCAAACUUCAGGCAAAGCCCCUUUAAACACAGCUCAUACAGUCAGAGUCAAAUCAAAAAGCAAAUUCAGCUUUGGCCCAAGUUCUGCCAUAUCAGGUCCAACGAUGACGGUCAGUACCAGGAUUAGUCUUGGCCCCCUUGUCAAAACAAAAACAGGACUUACUCCUGCAGUGAUCCAGUCAAGAGCCACAAAGCCAAGGUUGCCGAGACCAGGUGAAGGAGGUUCUCUCCCGCCUGCCUGCUGUUUCCCAGAAAUUUGCGAAAUAUUGGAUCUGUCAAGUCCGCCUCAUGGAGCAAGAAGGAAACUUCGAUGUCCUACCCAUGUUCGAAGAGGCUGUUCGUAUUGUGUUGGAGCCAGUGGAUGAGCUGCGGAUCGUGGUGUUUGACAUUCUGAAGAAAAAGGACGAGAUCCAAGCUAAAGAACAGGACAAAGAGGUCGAACAUAUUCCAACACCUGAAAACACUCCAGAUUGUGGCAGCAAUCCACUGAUGACCCCCAAACCUGUCAGAGCGCUCAUUUAUGGGGAGAGAGGAGAGUCGUCUGUGGUCAAGUACAAGAUCACAGCAACCCCUGGUGGCCCUCCAAGUCAACAGAGAGAGUCAGUAAAGGUCAACGGUCAGGAGGUUCGCUUCUUCACCCCGGUUAGGCGGUCAGUGCGAAUCGAGAGAGCCUCGCUCCGAUACCCCUUUCCCCUUCAGGACCACGACCUGUGCGUUAACUCGUACGAUGACCUGCUCUGUGAGGACGAGAAAGAAAGAAGUGAAGAGCAAACGGAUUGGGAACCCAGCCCGUCUGAAAGUGGUGCACCAGUGUACGUUUACAGAGAAAACGAGGCGCUCAAAGACAAAGUGGUUGUCCAGCUAGUCUGUGACGACGAUGAUUAGCUUCAGUGGUUUAUCAAUAUUACACCAUUUGUUACUUUUAAUGUGGAAGGGAGGGUGAAAAAAAAUUUAGUCUGCAUGCUUCGAUGCUUUCACCCUUCUGUGAUUUGAGAAUAUGAGUUUCCUUGUAAAUAUAUUGGCUGAUAUUUUGGGGAGAUUGUUGUUUUUUUCAUAAUUUGGUGUUUGACACUUCCUCAUGGAAAACCUGUUGUGUUUAUUUGGCUGCUCUGCACACUGUUUAUUCACAUACACGCCCUCCUGUUCAUAUACGCAGCACACUUCUCACUACCUAAGUACACAUUCUCUUGAUGCCGUUUCUUUUCAGUUAUGACCUCCUCUUGUCUCUCAUUCCUUUUAGUUACGCCUGUGAUUCAAUGACAUGACACAUUUGACCUUUUCAAACACUCAGUUUUCCUUUUUUUCCCUUUUUGGAUAUUUUUAAUAUUUCAAGUAUUUGAUAUACUCCCUUAUGGAGAAGAUGUUGAGCUUAUUGUCCUGACUUUGUUAUUUUUUUAUUUUCGAAGAAUGCAAUGUAAAUAGUAAUGUAAAAUAAAUAUUUUCCCUUUAAAGCCUAUAAAUCUGUAUGUGUAUAUAUUGCAUGUAUAGUUUUGCAGCACUUCUUGCAUAACUUGGGGACUAAAAUAAACAGCGAUGGAUCAAAAA